CAUGGCCGCCAUAUCGAAGGGUAAUCUGCUUUAAAACGAUAACGUAUAUCGAAAGAGUCGAAAUCGCAAGCUAGUCGCGGUCCGUCUGGUACUUAGCGCGUUCGAAAGGUAAAUAUACAAGUCGCGUCUAGCGCGCCCGGAGACAAGCCGUGGCAGAGAGACAGCUGCUCCGAUCGAAGGACAUGAAUAGGAGGGCGGAAGGGAGAGAGGAAGAAAGAGAAAAAUACGAGGCCGAAGCAAAGGGAGAACACCAUAAACAUACAAGAUUGGAUUGGUUCUGCUUUCUCCUUUGUCUGCUGGAUGGAAACAUGUUAUAACACGGAUUUGGAGUUCGAUAUCGCAUCGGGUAUCUAUAUUAUAACAAAAGCAAACAGUUGUGGUAGAGCACAUUUGUUAAUUACAAUUGAGAGAAGCAGGUGCAAAGGGAUUUACGUCAGGGAGGAAAAUAGAAAAGAGUAGAAGUGAGGGUUAAGCGUGAUAGCGGUAAAUGCAGUGGUUGAAGGAGAAAUGGACCCAUCAAUGUUUGUUGCGUACACCACUCAAACAAACGGCGUUCCACUGGAGUCCAAGCUUGCUACCUACAUGAAUCGUCAAAGCCCAGGGGUAACUCUAAGUACCACCGCCAUUACAAAACAUUUGUCGAAUCUUUCUCUGGAUUCGCAGAAAAAGGUAACUGCCAGUCCAGAAUUUGUACCUGGAAGGAGUCUAACUAGUAGCAACAGCAGUUCUCCAAAUCUUUUCAAUAAUUCUUAUCAUUCGCAAGAGAAUGUGGGCGGUACUACUUAUUUUUACCUUGGGAAUGCCGCGACCGAUACUGUUGGUGCCGAGGAAGGAACUGAAACUAUUGUAAAUGUGGGAGCAGGUCAGGUAGGCUAUGUGUAUCCAGGUACACCUGCGCAUCUUCAGCCAGUGAAACCAGUGAAACCUCCAUCGUCUAAUAGCUCUUCUGCUCCUUCUACACCGCCUCCUCAAGCGACACCUAGCUUUUUUGUCAGUGAAAGUUUGCGAAUCGACAUUCUUCAAAAAAAUGCAUUAACAUUAGCGCAACCUGAUGUAGUACGAUUCCCCGACUUACCAAACGAGGUAGAUAAUUAUCACGAGCUGUGUCCACUAGAACCAAUCCAUAAACCUGCCUCAACGAUGCUUGGAUAUCAAACGUCAACGUACAAAGCUACUAGCAUUAAAAGCGGUACGCGUUAUUGUUUACGUCGUAUACAUGAUUUCAGACUUGCUAACACGAAAUGUAUGGUGCUGGUAGAUAUGUGGAAACGAUUGUCGCAUACCAAUUUGGUACAGUUGAGAGAAGUUUUUACUACCAAGGCUUUUGGUGACCAUUCCAUGGUGUUUGUUUAUGAUUAUCAUCCUGGUUCGGAAACGCUACUAAAUAAACAUUUCUCAGCUACUGAAUUAAAUGGGUAUACGGAUCCAUUUUCUUCAGAUCCCAAUGCUCCCCGACCUUAUAGUCAUACUAAAAACACCAUUUUGAGACAACAACAUAGCAGUAUGCUACCAGAGAGUGUCAUAUGGAGCUAUAUAAUUCAACUCACUGCCGCGCUUCGUGUUAUACACGCUGCUGGUUUGGCAUAUAGAUGUUUGGACCCCACAAAAGUGUUGCUCACAUCUCGUACAAGACUUCGUCUAAGUUGCGUGGCCAUACCGGACGUUGUUACAUUCGAUGGAAACGCAGCAAAUCCACUCUCGCUUAUACCACAUUAUCAACAGGAAGAUUUAAUCGCUCUAGGAAAGUUGGUGUUGGCUUUAGCAUGUCGCAGUCUCCUUGCCGUCCAUCGCGACAACAUGCAAGCCUCCCUCGAGCUCGUCGCGCGUUCCUACUCCACGGAUCUUCGAAAUCUCAUUCUGUAUUUACUUUCAAAUCAAGCUCGAAGAAGUGUAACUGAUCUCAUGCCAAUGAUAGGAGCACGAUUUUAUACACAAUUAGACGCGGCUCUGCUACGAUCGGACGUGUUGGAGAAUGAACUUGCCAAGGAGUUGGAAAAUGGGAGAUUAUUUAAGUUACUUGUAAAAUUGGCCACUAUUAACGAAAGACCUGAUCUUAAUAUGGAACCUACGUGGGCAGAGACGGGUGACCGAUACAUGCUCAAAUUGUUUAGGGAUUAUGUUUUCCACCAGGUAGCAGCUGAUGGAAGGCCGUGGUUGGAUAUGGCACAUGUUGUAUCUUGUUUAAAUAAGUUGGAUUCAGGUUCUCAGGAUAAGAUAUGUUUGAUGUCACGAGAUGAACAAAGUGUAUUAGUAGUAAGUUAUGCAGAAUUACGGCAAUGCUUGGAAACCUCAUUUGGAGAACUGGUACAAUCUGCAAAAGAUGCUGUCUAAGUCUGUGUCCCUUUCUUCUUUUUUUUUUCAUCAAUCGACCAGACAGUACAUACUCCGAACCAUAAAUGUGAUAUCACCACUUAGCGGUACUAUCAUUUUAAUCUUUAUCAAGACAUAGGAGAGUGAGAUUCGUCCCGAAAAAUAAAGUUCGGCGAUAAAGAACUAGUACGUGAUCCAGUUUGUAAGCAUGAUUUCAAGUUGAAUCAUUAGAUAUGUGCAGAAUGCAUUCUGGCACUGCCAUUUGAAUGUAAUAUAUGUGUACAAGGGGAUCAUGUGAUGAUACAAACUAGAAGAGUGUUUGAAUUUUGCUGCGGAAGCUAUUAAGGUACUAUACCGAAAUGAAAUAAGUGUACACAACUUAAUAAUGCAAUGAAGUCUUAAGAGAUCUUAAGAACAACACCUAAACACAAUUGGUGUAUAGGAUAGACCUUAGUUUUUAGGAUACAGCUGGUAAGCAUUAAUUUUGAAAUAAAUGUUUAUUUUU